UAUGCCAAUGCCAUUAUGCAUGUUGGAACAACUGUGGAUACAUUUCUGCGGGAGAAUCUGGAUUGGCUGAGCAGAGCUACUAAUUGGGCUAAGUUCAGUGCAACAGCAGGGCUUGGUGUUAUUCACAGAGGCCACCUACAACAGGGAAGAUCACUGAUGGCCCCAUACUUGCCACAGAGUGGGGCCGGUGGUGGUGGUAGUCCAUACUCAGAAGGUGGUGCUCUAUAUGCACUAGGCUUGAUUCAUGCAAACCAUGGCGAGGGUAUCAAACAAUUCCUGCGGGAUAGUCUACGCAGUACCAAUGUGGAGGUUAUUCAGCAUGGUGCAUGCUUAAGUCUUGGCUUGGCAGCUCUUGGAACUGCUGAUGAAGACGUCUAUGACGACAUUACGAAUGUGCUUUAUACUGACAGUGCCGUUGCUGGAGAAGCUGCUGGUAUUAGUAUGGGCUUACUGAUGGUUGGGACUGCAACUGAGAAGGCAGCCGAAAUGCUUACUUAUGCACAUGAGACGCAACAUGAGAAAAUAAUCAGGUACGCAUGUCGAACAUGGACUUGUACAAUUUUAUGCACUGUAUUUGAUCCAGCGACAAGCGUUGUCCUUUCCUUUCUUCAACUGUCUUUCUUUCUACAGUAA